AAAGGUUGCUCUUACAUUCUUGGACAAUCUGUAAACCGAACCCCGUGUUUGGGAUCCCGUGUUCGUUUCACCACUAGAUGGCGCUGGAAGGUAUGCUUGUUGUUCCACGUCCUUUAACCCAGGAAGUAGAUCUACCUGUCAUGGGCUGUGCAUGGCCAAGAAGGUAUAGGUAAUUUGGAUUCUGUACGUUGAAACGAAUCUUUUUCUUUUGUGUUUAAAUGAUUUGCAGCAUUCGCAAAGGUCAGUCAAUUGACGUACGAUGAUAUUAAGGCACGGUGUCCAUGUGUACGCAAACACUCGCGGCUGCUUACGCCUAAUUCGACCUCAGAGCACUUUCUCAGCUGUCAUUGAGGAGCAUGGCAAAGCUGGACUUGUCCUUCAGUCCGUGUCCACUGACAUUUAUGAAAACCUGGCCUUUGAGGACUGGGUACACGAUCAUGUCGACAUGCAGGACCGGAAGAUACUGUUCCUGUGGAGGAACGCGUCCGCGGUGGUCAUCGGCAGGCACCAGAAUCCCUGGCAGGAGUGUAACCUCCCGCUCAUGAGAGAGAGGGGGGUCCCACUGGCGAGACGGCGGAGUGGAGGAGGGACCGUUUUCCAAGACCUGGGGAACAUCAACAUUACCUUCUUCACGUCAAAGCGAAAGUACGACCGACACAAGAAUUUAAACAUUGUUACCAGCGCUUUAAAGAAACUGCGUCCCGGUCUGGAUGUGCACGCGACCGAUAGAUUCGACAUACUUUUAAAUCAGGACUUUAAAAUAUCCGGGACUGCCGCCAAACUGGGGAGAGCGAAUGCUUAUCAUCAUUGUACUCUGCUUUGUGCGGCGGAUCUGGCAUUGCUGUCCCCGGUUCUGAAAAGCACUUGCAGAGGGAUCAGGAGCAAUGCAACCCCCAGUGUGCCCUCGCCAGUGAAAAAUCUCGUGGACGUGGACCCAACUUUAGACUGCGACAGUAUAAUGGAGGCCGUCGCCUCGCAGUAUAGCGAAGAGUUUGGAUUGAACGGAUCAGUCAUGCUUGUUGACCCAACAGAUGAGCUAUGUCUUCCCGGGAUCCGUAAAAUGGCCACUGAACUUCAGAAGUGGGAAUGGAUGUUCGGAAAAACUCCUAAGUUCAGCGUCAGCACCUGCUUUGAGGUGAGCUACGAAGCUUCCACCACCAAAGUCAGGCUGAAUAUGGACGUGAAGAAUGGUAUUAUAGAGACCUGCUCGAUCGAACUACCGCAGGACUGGCUGCCCUCAGCAGUCUGUCACGAACUAAACGCAGUGUUGGUCGGUUGCAAGUUCUGUCCCAGUGAAGUUGCGGUGCUUACGUCAGCUGUGUUGAGAACAACUCCCCUAAACAGUGAACUUGAAACCAAGAUGAAUAUUCUUUGCCAAAAUGUGGCUGCGGUCAUGUGAAUAAACGACAAUGUACACCAGAAUGAAAAAA